AUGGUAUUAAUUGAAAGUAAAUUCUCAAGGAAUAACUUAAAUAGUUAGCGAAACUAAACUGAGAGCUAAAAAAAUAGCUCUUCAGAUUCAGAGAGUGGCAACGAUGGUUAAGCUACAAUUAACUUGUAUGGCUUAGAAAAUUAAGUGAGAAUAUAAAUUUUAUCUCCUAAGGGAAAGUCAAAAGUCUCAAACUCUAUAUGUUGUGUGGUGGACGUCUCUGGAUCAAUGGGAAGCAGAGCAGUCACAAAAUAAAGUGGAGGUAACUCGGAAUUAGGAUAUUCAGUGUUAGAUAUUGUUAAACACUCUCUCAAUACAAUUGUACAAAAUUUGGACGAAGGAGAUGAAUUUUCUAUGGUAACUUUUAGCGAUAAUUCCAAGUUAGUUUGCAAUUAUCAAUAAAUGACUGAAAGUAAUAUUAAAUCUUCUGUAGAUUUAAUAAAUCAAUGCCAGCCAGAUGCAAGUACAAAUAUUUGGGCAGGAAUAGAGUAAGGAUUGGAACAAAUGCAAAAUGAUAGCAAUAAGAAUAAGAACUAGCAAUUAAUUGUGUUAACUGAUGGUUAGCCUAAUGUUAAUCCCCCAAGAGGCAUUCUAACUACACUAAAUAAUUUCUAUAAUAAAAACAUAAUAUCACCAAAACCAAGUAUAAACACUUUUGGAUUCGGAUACUACUUAGACUCUCAUUUGCUCUUUAACAUCGCUUAAGAUUGCCAAGGUAUAUACUCAUUUAUACCAGAUUCUUCUUUUGUAGGAACUAUUUUCACUAAUUCAAUUGCAUCUAUGCAAUCAACAUUUGCUACUAAUGCUGUAUUAGUUUUUAAACCUCUUAAUAAAAAUGCAUAGUUGAAUUUGAGCCAAAUCAAGUCAAACUUUAAAACAUAUCUGAAUAAAGAAGGUGAAUACAUUGUUGAAUUAGGAAACCUCUUUUUUGAUCAAAGUAAAGACAUCAUCUUUUAGUAAGAUCUUCAUUCAGAAUUACUGAGAGACUUUUCUGUUGAAGUUAAAUAUUAUACUAAAGACACUAACAACUUUUAAUUAAGUCACCGUAUGCAUAAGGCUGAAUAGAUUCAUAAUGCUAAUAAACUAGAGUUUGAAUAAGAAGCUUUAAGGUUAGAGGUAGUUAAGACUGUUUAGUAAUGCAAAGAUAGCUCAUAGAAAAGUCAAAAACUAGUAGAAGAUACAAUUAAUUUGCUGAAAGCAUCUUAAUUCAGAGAAGAUGAAUACAUCCAAAAUUUAUGCAAAGAUAUGGAAGAUCAAGUAAAGCAAGCAGUAUCAAGAGAUGAUUACUUUACUAAAUGGGGUUGCCAUUACCUCCCUUCAUUAGCUAUGGCUCACAAUCACAAGAUUUGCACUAAUUUUAAGGACCCAGGAGUUUAAGGAUAUGGCGGAAAUUUAUUCAACAAAUAAAGAGAUUAAAUAGAAAAAAUCGUUAUGUCUAUUGAUCCCCCUAAGCCAUCAUACAGAUCUAGUGGUAAUGUCUAAAUUAAUUCAGCAUUAUAUACAUCAUAUUAUUAUGAUCCUAAUAAUCCUUGCUUUGAAGGAAAUAGUGAAGUGAAGAUGGCUAAUGGAACUAUUAAAAAAGUAAAAGAAAUCAAAAAGGGUGAUGAGGUAUUUUGUCCUAACACAGGAAAAGCAGAGAAAGUCAAAUGUGUGAUAGAAACAGAAGUUAAAGAAAAUUUAACUUAAUUGGUUCGUCUCGGAAAGGGUUUGUUAAUUACACCAUAUCACCCUGUUAGAAUCUAAGGAAAGUGGUUGUUCCCAACAGAUAUUGCUCCCACUAAAAUGGCUUAAUGUUCAUCUGUUUAUAGCUUCCUACUUGAAUCAGGUCAUUCUAUGAUGAUAAAUGAUAUUGAAUGUGUAACAUUUGCCCACGGAUUUUAAGAGGAUAAAGUGAAACAUGAAUACUUUGGAACUAAUAAAGUUUCUAGAGACCUAAUGUGGAUGAAAGGGUAUUUUAAAGGUCAUGUCAAACUGUAAAACUCUCCUUCAAUAAGAGAUCAGGCAACAGGAUUGGUAGUAGGAUUACGCAGCAAUCGUUAAUGGAUAUCAAAAAUCUAAGAUUUGAAAUAUUCAUCUCUUUCAAAUAUCAAAUAAAUGAGUUUGAAUAAACUACUCUAAAUUUCUAAAAAGCUAAUAAAAAUAUGA